ACGAAUCACAAAUAAAUACUUAAUAUUCCGAUAUCAAUUCAACUCAAAUAAGUGAUACAAUUUCGGGCAUUCACAAAUAGCUUGAAGACUAUAACAUAAGUAAAAGUUAUUCGAAAACCAUACCAUACCAAACAAAAACAGACUUUAUAUAUAAAAGAUAAUCCUCGAUAAGUCUUGUAUUGCACCACCAGGACACACAAGGUUCCUGAAGCACCGCAGGGUCCUGCCUGUGGUUGUGAGUGCCAAGCGCUUUAAUGACAUUAUGUACAGAUCCACAAUGGGUCUUAAGCGAGACAAGCUGGCUGCAUCAGAAGAGGACGAACGGUAUUUGCAAUACCUCAAAGAUGGUAACGAUGCGCUUGUCAAGUGUUUCAAGAACAUUGGCACUCAAUCCCUGGACGACGAGAAGAAAGCGAAGCUUGAUCUUGAACUUAAGGAAGCUGAAAUCAGAGAAAAACAAGUCCGACUGGAGGAUGAACGUGUACGCAAGGAACGCAUAAUGCGGGCUAAUCGCAUAUUGGAAAACUUAAAGUCUGGUCAACUUGCCCUGCACCAUGCAUUAGUCGAAAGUGAAACGAUCCAUCAACGCAAAUAUAACGAAGCUGUCAAUCGGGAGAUCGCCGAGGAUGCGAAACGCCAGGAACGUCUUGACGCCAUACAGUGUCCUGAAACAUUGAUUCCAGUUUCAAGUCUCACUGAGGAAGAGCUGAAAGCUCAAGAGCGGGCAAAAGCAAUCGCAGUUCGGUCUAAUUUCCUAAAGGAUAUCGAGGAGAGACGCCAGCGGAAAUUAGUGGAAAGGGAACAGGAGAUAUUCGACGGCAUUGUUGAGCGGGAGCAGUAUAAAUGCCUCCACGAAGAAGAACUAAAGGCUGCCAAAAAGGUGGUUGAGAAAAAACAAGAAUUUUGCCGUCGUGCAUACCGAGAAUCUCUUAAAGAAAAGGCCAAGAUAGCAGAAUAUGAGAAUAUCUGUGAUCAGAUUGACGAUAGAGUUAUCUGCGUGGAUGUGACAAGGCGUCGUAACCUGGACAAACGCUAUAAUACAGAAUAUAAGGCGAUGCAAGAGAAAUUAGUACGUGAUCGGGAAACUCUCGCAGUGCAAAUCUGUCGGGUGCAACAGGAAACCAAGCGAAGGGAUCAGGAACGUGAUGAUCAAAAUGUUGAUCGCUAUAAUGUUGAAGUGGAGAUAGACGAGACACGUCGACAAUGUCAGAUAGAGGAGUUGGCCAGGCAACGACGUGCCUACCAGUUGGUGGAACAAAGACUAGUCAAGGAGAAGGAACAGCGAGAGGCGGAGAUUCGUCGCUUUCAGAUUGCUGGACGACUCAAGUCUCAGGAGGCAAACAAACGCUUUUAUAUCAGCCAAAAGAGACGUAAGGAUAAAGCAACUGCUGAUCUUCGUGACAUACUGCACGGCCAGCGGGAUGAGUUCCUAGAAAAGCGUCGAGAGGAGCAGAUGCGUAUGUCCGCUUGCCAAGUAAAUCCCUACCUACAGGAGGAUCUCAAUUUCAUCAAUGAUGCAGCCAGAUCGGUUCAAAAGGCACGAGAGGAAGGGCGACCCAUUUACCCCAUUGCCAAGGCUGUCGAGACCUAUCGACGUAAGAAUCAAUUGGAAGUGGAGCCGGAGAGUCAUCUGGUGCGUCGCAGCAAGAUUCGUGACUAUUGUUGGCCAGGAUACCACUCCAAGGCCGAUUUGGCCUAUAGGCAGUACGAGCAUCGGGAUAAGUGUCGGCAAAAACAAGAGUUUGAUCGUCAUCAAAUAUUUGCCAAUUGUAUAAAAAUUACCAAAAUGGCUGCCGAGGAACAACCUUAUAAGCCAUGUGUUCCUUCCUGUCCCGUCAAGUGCUUCCAGCACCGUGGCAUGCCUCCCAUUGAAAUCGUUGACUCCUUCGAUGUGUGUAGAGAUGUUUGCUACGAGGAUGAACCUCCAAUUGGUCCAUGUCCCAGCCAUAUGCAGGUUCAUAAGUCUUGUAAAAACGAUUCACCGAACCAGUUGCAACAAAAUGAGCCAAACAUGGAAUGCCCUAAUGCAAGAAUAUCAUUGAGUAGUGAGCGUAUAUCGGAUAAUGCAGCCCGAGAUCAUCCAUUCAUUCAAGUUCUAUCAAAGCCGAGUGUCUCACUUAGACCUUCUGAGACAUAUCGCAUUUCUCGCUCUGAUCGAACUCGCACAUGGCGUUAAGCUGGAAAAUUGUUCUUCAGUUGGAAUGAGAAUUAUUAUUUCAUAUGUUCAAGAUAUUAUAAAAAUAUAUGCUAGUCAAAAUAA